CAUCACGCGGAUUGUAAAGACGUGGAAAACCUUCGCUCCGUAAUUUUCAGAAAAUAAAUGCUGUUCAUUAAUAAAAAAUUUAAAACUAAGUGAGCACUAAAAAAAUCAAUUUAUUUUGUGAGGGGAAAAAUUUAAUAUUCAAAUGAAAUUGUAUGAAGUGAAGAAAAUGUUGAAAGUAAAAAAUUAAAAUAAAAGUUUUUGUGUAUAAAAUAAGAGAGAAUCUUGAAAAGAAGAAUAAAGAUAAUCUUUUUGUGCAACAUAAAAAAAAACUCACUCGAAUUUUAAUUAAAACAGUGGAAAAAAGGUUGAUAUCAAAUUUGGAAGAAAGGAUAACUUUUUUCUCGCACUUAAAAAAAAUAUAAAGAGUAUGCAGCAGAGAAAGAUUGGCGUUUGAAUUAAGCGAAACUUGGACCUGUAAAUGUUUCGCAUGAUCUGUCAUCAUCAUAAUCAUCAUCAUCGUCAUUGAACAACUUAUGCUGUUUUAUGAAUGUUCACUUUCAUUUGUUCAUCUUCAUGAAAAUGGCACGACAAGCGUACAGCGUGCCACGCAAAAAACUCUUUGAAGUGUUGGUGUUAAUUUUUACGUGUUUAAUAACAAAUAUUUGUGGCGAACAAUCGUGGGAUCAUAUCGUUGAUUUAGAUCAGAAUUUCCAGCUAUUAUGGAAGGUACGAGAGCCUGACAUCGUCUUCGAAGUGCAAGUGAGAACGCAUGGAUACAUCGGCUUUGGAUUCUCACGUGAUGGCACAAUCUAUGGGGCAGAUGUCUUCAUUGGAUGGGUUGAUAAUGGACACACAUUCUUCCACGAUUGUCACAUAAAGACGCAUAGUUCAUCGGGUGAACCCGUGCCGGAUGCUAUACAAGAUUACGUGCUUUUAUCAAGCAGCGAAAACUCAACUCACACAAUCCUGAGGUUUCGACGGAAGCUUAAUACUUGCGAUGAGAAAUUUGAUGUUCCCAUCACGAGUGACACAAUGAACAUCAUUUAUUUAUACCAUCCUGAGAAACCAAAGAGAGGGCAGAUCCGAAAAGGAAGCUUAUCUGAUCCUGUGUUAGCGAUGCAUCCAGUUCGUUCGCUUUUGUUGCUUCAGAAAAGUCCACAAAAUAAGUUUAAUAAGAAUAACAAGAAGUAUCUGCAGCAGCAAGAAGUUGAAACAAUUGAGAUAAGAAAUCGAGAUGUGAAACUUCCACAGAUGCCGUCGAAGAUGCUCAAGUGGUGCCAUAUGUAUCGACUUAGAAAUGUCACUCAACACCACAUGAUUCGAUACGAGCCGGUGUUCUCAUCGUCUGAAUCGCAAAAGUACAUUUCCUAUAUGCGUCUCUAUGAGUGCAAAACUCUGGCGAAUGACCACGAAGAUGACGACAAUGAAGAGUGUAGUGAAGGGUUGAAAGCAGCGCGAAAAUGUUUCACAAUUGCUGCGACAUGGAGUCGAGGUUCGGAAGGUUUCACUUUUCCCAAAGAUGUCGGAUAUCCUCUCGAUACAAGUCUAGCUGACAGUUUCAUGUUGGAAGUGAGUUAUCAGCCGGUGACGAAGAAACAAAUCGUCGACAGCUCCGGCUUCAAAAUUUACCACACGAAAGAACGAAGAAAGUUCGAUGCUGGAACACUUUCAGUUGGCAUUGAAGCCAAUUUCCUUCAUAUUGUGGCGCCAGGCUUUAAACGAGUCGUCUCGGUUGGACAUUGCACGUCAAACUGCACGGGUGCAGCGUUGCCAGUUGAAGGCAUCAACAUUUUUGGCGUCAACAUGCAAACGCAUAGUCUGGGACGAAAAAUCAAACUCGGAGUCGUUCGAAAUGGCGAAGAAUUGGCGCCCAUCGCUCAGGAAUCAAAUCUAAACGCCGAUUACAUUGAGAAUAGGAUUUUAAGUAGAAUAAGUAAGUUGCUUCCCGGCGAUCACGUCACUGUCGAAUGCACUUACAACACUUACGAGAGAGAACGAUUCACAUUGGGAGGUGAUUCCGAUGAUGAAGAAGUUUGUCAAGCGACUCUCAUGUAUUAUCCACGACAAGAACAACUCGUCUCAUGCAACUCACAAACAAAUGUUGCGAAUCUUCUCAGAGCACUUGGAAUUGAAAAGUUAUCCAAAUCUGGUGAUCAGCCUGUGAUUAAAAGUCCCGAAAAAUAUGCGGGACGAACACUGGAACGACAUUUACAAUUGUACGAUUGGAAGAACGAAUAUGAUGCGUUCGAUCGAAUAAUCAAAGCAUCAUCGUUUGAUGGAAUUUGUAACAGUGCAUUCGUUUCUAGUCGAGUUUCUGGGACACCAGCAAAUAUUAUCAAACCAUACACAUCACUUGACUCAUCAUCGUCAUGCCAAUUGCAUAACGUGAAGACAAACUCACUUUACAACGAUUCAGGCAUGAAUAACGAUAACGAGAAUUCAAUUGAAAAUAAUGACAAAAGAAACGAAAUCAUGAAAAACUCUCCAACAUUCACGCUCGAACUCAACAGUAGCUCGUGUCACAUCAGCAAAUCGAAAACAAUUUCUUUGCUGUUGCUUUUGACAUUCGCGAUGCGAUAUUUAUGAUUGUUAACUUUUGUUCAUUCCGAUCGAAUGAAUAUUUUAUGGAACUAGUCAAAGUAGUAGCAGCGAGUCGCGUCUCAAAAAUACAAACAACAAAUUUUUGCUCUGACAAUCCCCCCAAAUACGACUCAUAUCGCGGAAGCCAAGUCGUCAACUUUAUUAUUUAUUGAAGGCUUGCUCAAUUGAGAGAAAAUUCCAUUUGUGGUAUUUCAUUCUGUUUAAUUUUCAUUAUUUUUAUAUAUAUUUUGUUGAUUCGCAUGAGACUGAAAUCGAUCUAUCAAUUUAGGGUUAAAUGAAGUUGACAAUUUGUGUCAUGUUAAGAACUUGUUCGGGACAGUUCACAAUGAACAUCUAGUGGAAUAGCCACCUGAACAAUUCUCUUCACAUUGACACAACUGGUAAAUAUUUCCCGA